GACUUACUAAGUUCACUCAGCAUGGAAGACUACGGUGCACUCCCCGAAGCUUUCAAGAAAAUCAAUCGCUCUCUACUGCCUUUCAUUAAGCAAAGGCAAGAAGUUGCGCAAAUCCGAAGAAUCUUAAGUUCGCAUCUCAGCGGGCAUCUCAACGUGGAUGGAGGCCUGCCUGUCUCCCGACCACUUUCCCUGGUUGAUCCGACAAAUAGUAUUGAUGCAACCCCUCAUGGAGUUAGAGGGGUUCAAAAAGAAUACCUUCGGUGUGUUCGCGCCAACAUCAAGGCUAGGAAAGAGUACUCCAAAGCGAGUAAGGACCACCAUGUUGAACAGGAAGGGCAAGGGUCUGGUGUUGGCGUGCGUGAACGUUCGACAUCCCAAGACGGGGCUGAGAACUCGAUGGAAUCAUUUCUGGAUCUCGUUCGGCAGCGGCAGAAUCACGAACGUCUAUUGAUUACUCAAGAUUACAUUGACAUGUUGAGUAGAAAACCAGCUGCUAGUGUUGACCAUCUCGAUCUCCAGGAAGUCUUGAAAGACGUGGAAACGUUGCCGAAAGUACCACCAGAAGUCGUGAAUGCCUCUUCUUCAAGUCACAUGCCUGACGGGAGAGAUCUGGAGGAGCUGGUCGAUCAGCUAGAGAAGUCUGUUCUUCGCGCCAAGAUGCUUCUCAAAAAAGAACAGAAACUCCUUGCAAAGGUCCGGGCAGAGAAUUCCGAUCCAUCUGUUCAGCAUGGAAGUCGGCUCCAAGCAGUUGAUGCGACAAGACAUGAAUUGAUAAACUGGAUCGAAGGCGAACUAGGUAGAGCUGGGGACUGCCCUCCGGAGGAUGAAGAGGACCAUGGACCAACCACAUCGAUGAAGCACGGGAGGGAAUACAUCGAUGCCGAAUUGACAGCGACCCAAAGACAGUAUGCCCGAUACACGAAGGUCCGGGAAGCAAUAGUUGUUGCAUCAGGUGGUAGAUUAGGACCACAACCUUCACCAGAGUUCGGUCAGGACAACAGUCUACAACCAGCGAGAGAGGAAUUGCAAAACGUCAACGGCAUGAACCAAGCAAUCUAUCCUUACCUAGAAGCCAUGAUUUUGGUCUCGAAUGAGCAGAAGGCGAUGAUCCAACAGAAAUCUCAUCUGACAAUCACUCUGUCAAAGCAACUAAAAGAGGGUAGUCAGGGUCUCGACCGACUAGCUGAUGAGAGUCACCUUCUGCCAGCACAUCCAAUACCAGCUGCAAGCUUGCAGCGAACGACGUUGGAAGGGGCCGUCUCUUUCGGCGACCAGAUGUCAAACCAAGAGAGGCCGGAUGCUUCACGUCGAGCUCGAGCUUGGGUAUUCGCGUCCGAGUCAGCAACUAAUGCAACAAAGGAAGCGAUUUCCGAAAAGCUGGAAGAGGGAGAGAAGUUUAUCGUGAAAACUCAAAAGACACUGUUAGAACUUGAUAAUCUCCUUGGUAGCGAUGGGAAAGGAGAUAUAUGGGGCACGGUGGAUGGCAAUUUGGGCGUCAUUGAAGGGGAAGCUGCAGGUCAAUCAUGAGGAGACGCUACUACAGUAUUACUUUGCACUGAAAUUUCUCAGAGGCUCAGGUCGUGAAGACAGUGCAUUAUAUUGUACUCCAUCCUUCUGUAGAAUCAAUAUGGCACUUUUUCUCUCGCUUUAAUUUCCUCUAGCCAAG